AUUUCACCCAACCUUUCGAAGCGUGCCUCGGGCUUUGCCAUGGCGCACAAGAACCUCAAGGGCGUGCGCAAGGUGAAGAAGGGCGGCCUCAAGAGCCAGUUCAAGGCUGAGAAGGAGAAGAAGCGCAAGGAGAAGGAGCGGAGGAAGCUGAAGGUUGAGCCGUCGCAAGAGGAGGGCCUGCGAAAGUGGCAAAAGAAGGCGCUGCGGGCGGAGAAGUCGGGGGUGAGCCCAGCUCCAGCGCCGAAGGCCAGCGCCGCCGAGCCAAAGCGCGAGGCACCAGAGGCCAAGUUGAGCAAGAAGGAGGUGCGACUGGCGCGCCAGCAGCUGAAGCAGCACCGGCGCCUCUACGAACAGAGUGGGGCUGUGCUGCUGGUGGGCGAAGGGAAUUUCAGCUUCGCCCGCGCUCUUUGUGAAGUCCGGGGGUCAGGCGAGGACAUCUUUGCCACGUGCCUGGACGGCGAGGCCAUAUUGAAGAGGAAGUACCCGGACGCCUUGGAGCUGCGGAAGACGGUGGAGGAGCGAGGGGGCACGACGCUCAGCUCAGUGGACGCCACACGCCUCCACAAAGUGAAGCAGUUCCGGGGUGCCUUCAAGUGCAUCGUGUGGAACUUUCCGCACCUGGGGGCCGGGGAGAAGGAUGUGGAGAAGAGCAUCCAGCAGCACAGCGACCUGCUGGCUGCCUUCUUUGCCUCAGCGCUGCUGUGUUUGUCGGAGGACCCUGCCAGCGCCGUGCACGUGGCGAUGAAGCAUGGCGAGCCAUACAAGUCCUGGAAGAUCGUUCAGGUGGCGAAGGCGGCCAGCGAGGGGAAGCUCCAGCUGCAGACGGUGGUGCCCUUUUCCUUGGACGCCUGGCCAGGCUACGAGCACCGCCGGACCCGGGGCUUCCACGAGAAGUUCUCCAAGAAGGACAGCGAAGAGCUGGCGAAAGGGGCCAAGGUCUAUGUCUUCGCGCGAGGCCAGGGCGUCGCAGAAGAGGAGGACGAGUGAAGUGAACCGAGACCCUGGCAGAGACUGUUGUGGUGACGCCAAAUGACCAAAUGAGCGUGUCUGUUUUUUGCGGGCCGCCAAAAUGGCGGUUUCCUUUUUGGUUUCCUUCAAAACCCUCGAAAAAGGGUACUCUCAGAAAAAGACACGCCCAAACGAUGGCCAGUAAGACGGCCCCGCAAAAGUUCGGGACGGACGGGCCCGCGAUCGUUCCUAGCGAGGUCAUGGU